AUGUACCAACCGUAUGACUAUGAUUACGAUAUUGUGGAUUACUACUACAACAACAACGACAAUGAGGGCUAUAGCACCAGUGCCCCAUCAACGUAUUUUUAUGAGGAAUAUCCAUCGCCACCGCCAGAGCCAGCUCCCAUUAUCUUGGGUUACGAUGAAUAUCGUCGACAGUUUAUAAAUGAACGCCAGGACAUCCAAAAGAAAACAUUUACAAAAUGGAUUAAUUCACAUUUGAUUAAAACAAAAUGCACACCGGUCAAUGAUUUAUUUCUUGACUUGAGAGAUGGCCACCGUCUGUUGGCACUGUUGAGUGUCCUCACCAAUACACAACUGAAACCCGAAAAAGGUCGCAUGCGUGUCCAUCACAUCAACAAUCUGAACAAAGUCCUGCAGGUGAUACAGGAACAUGGUGUCAAAUUGGUGAACAUUUCCAGUGAUGAUAUUGUCGAAGGCAACCCCAAACUGAUUUUGGGCCUCAUAUGGCUCAUUGCCUUGGAAUUCAAUGGCCAAAAUCUAGUGAAGAGUCACUCAAGUAAUGGUGUUGAAAAAUCUCUACUAAAUUGGGCCCGUCAAUUUACCGAACCCAAGGGUGUGAAAUUAAAUGAUUUCUCCAAUAGUUGGUCGGAUGGUCGGGCAUUCCUCCUAAUUCUCGAUGCCCAUUUAGGAAAUGUGGAUUUAUCCAGCGUCCUGACUCAACAUCCUUUGGCCCGUUUAAGAACUGCCUUUGAUUUGGCUAAUACAUAUUUUAAAAUUGAAAAACUCUUAGAUCCGGAAGAUGUACAUACCCAUAAACCGGAUAAUAAAUCGAUACAAAUGUAUGUUAUGUGCCUGUAUCAUGCCAUGGAAACGCGUAGAACGCUUGAAGAGGAGGAGGAGCAGCAGGGAGAGGCAGUAUUAUAUGAUGAGGAGCAUAAGACAACAUCGGAGGAUUUAGGCUAUGGCCGUAGUGUAAAUAUAACCGAUUUAGAUGAAAUACCUUUAGAUAAUAAGGAUCACGAGGGAGAUGAUGGCCUAGAAGAUGGAGAGGGCCUACACUCAGAUGCCUCAUCUUCCAUGGCAAACAGUGCCACAGAUUCUGGUAUUAAAUCGAAGUAUAACAGCGACACCUUUAAAUCGAUUAUGGAUUUAGAAAUGGAUCCGCCACCGAAAAGUCAAUUGGCCAACUUUUUACUCAAGGAUGACAAAUCAAGGCCACACAGUUUGGCCACAAAUGUUUCCAUAGAGAUAAGUACGUAUCAGGCAGCUCUGGAAGCUGUUUUGACUCUUCUUCUAGAAGAUGAACAAAUUUUGUCGGAAACCUUGCCGGAACCACAUGAUUUCCUUACGGCCAAAGCCCAGUUCCAUGAAAAUGAACAGUUUAUGUUGAAAUUGACCGAACAUCAGCAGUAUGUCGGAGAGGCCUUGGAGGAGGGUUCCAACUUGAUUAAUGAAUCCCAAAAGUCUCAGGGUCUUACGGUGGAAGAUCAAAAUGAAAUCAGGCAACAAAUGGUGCUUCUGAAUGAAAGAUGGGAAACACUGCGUCUCAAGGCCCUGAAUGUCCAAAGUAAGAUUUUAAUGCGCUUGGCGGAAUUUCAAAGUCAACAAAUUGAGAAGCUGAAGAAUUUCCUUACCAACAUUGAGGAUAGAAUUUCCUUAAUGUCGGAUAUUGGCCCAACACUCAAGGAGGUGGAGAAGCAGCUCAGAGAGGCAGCCGUACUUAAGGAUGAUCUGAAGCACCAACAGGAUUUGGUGGAUAGCCUUAGUAAUAUGGUGGUCAUUGUCAAUGAUGAGUCAGGGAAUUUCAAUGAUUUGGAGGAUAAGUUAUCCGCUUUGGGAGAGCGUUGGUCCCAUGUAGUGAAGUGGUGCGAUUUGAGGCAAGAAAAGCUACAACAAUACAAAUGUAUAUCCCGCUGGUUGGAUACCCGUGAACAGGAUCUGAAACAUAUGGAAUCGAAGGAUGUCUGUGAUUUGGGUACGAUCACGAAACGCAUGAAUGACUUGAAUUAUUGUGCCAAGGAUCUGCUGGAAUUGGAGAGAUAUUUAAUUGACCUGAGGCAAAUGGUGGCAGCCACCUUGCAAGAGGGUGAUGUACGUGGUGAACAGGUUUUGGUGCAAUUGGAAAAUUUUGAAGAUCGCCUAGAUGCCCUCAAGCAAAUUGUGGAGGUGCAGACGGAACGCAUUGAACAGAAGGGUUUCAAAUUUGGUCGCGAUCGUGCUUCCUAUGAUGAUUCGAAGGUGGUGAAACCGGAUCACUGGACAGAUUUCCAAAUGAUUAUUCGCUUUGGUGAAGAGGAGGCCGAGGAAACUGAUGAUGCGGCUGGGCCAGGUGCUUUGCAACAGGGUGUUAUGCCGGAAGGAUCUCCCUUGGCUUGUAAAAAGCGACGUCUGCGUAACACCGAUAACUUCUAUCUGCUGGAGGGAAAAAUUCUCGAAGCUUUCGGUUUCAUCGAUGACUGUGAGGAUCAAUUGCAACAGCUACAAAGACGUAGUCUACGCAAUCAAGCGGAACUCUUGGAGAAGUUGGAAAAGGAGGUCUGCUCGCGUUUGGAAAAUUCCCGCGAGCUGCGAGAUCUCUAUGAGCUCUGCGAAAAGGAGGAUGUUAGCCGUAACAUGAUCAUGGAGGCGUCGCAGAUCCGGCAAAUUGAGGAGAAAUACUUGGAGCUGAGACAGAGCUUGGACGCACAAAGUCGGGCCUGUUCCAAACUCAUGGAGAAGGAGAAGCUUUACAAUAGCCUGACAGGAUUUAAGCUGGUGCUGGCCGAUUCCCGUGAUUGGUAUAAACAACAUUCCAUUAGUGCCUCAAAGGGCGACUUGCAGCAGAGGCUCAGUGAUAUGGAGUCCUUGACCAUGGAAAUACAACAGGCCAAGGAAGCCACCACGACAAUGGGUGAAGAUUUCCAGGAGUGGAAAGAGGAUUUCAAUAUUUUCUAUGACUCCUGGAAUGAUAUGAAGAAGGCCAUACUUACUUUGAUCCGUGAAAAGGGAGGGAGUGAUGAGUUGCAAGGGAAAUUGGAAGAGUUACAAAAUUUCCUUAAACGUGUGCCUCAGGUCCAGGUAAUUGUGGACUCAUUGGAACCCAUGGAGAGAAGGCUACAAGAACUCAAUAAUUUCCAUGAGGAAUUGGUGGCCCUCAAACCAGAUUUUGAUUUAAUAAAACAACGCAGACCCGAUAGUUUGUCUUCGGAGUUCCAGGAAAAGUGGCUCAAGGCGGAGGAACAAAUUUCCGAGAGGAUUAUCAAGCAGACCACGGCCAUUGAGAACUUAAAUCACUUCUCGGCGGAAUAUAAUGCCAUAAUGGCGGUGCUACGCAAAUUGGAGGCAAACCUCCGGGAAGGAGAGGCUGGAGAGGGAAAAGCCUCAGUGGAGGCUGCUAGCUCCAUGAAGUUACGCAAAUUGGAAAUCGAUGUCAUUAGUGCUCGGAACUUUAGUGAAAUUAUUAUCAAGGAUGCCCAACCCCAGCAUCGGGAACAUUUGACCUCCCAAAUCAAGGAACUCAAUGAAUUUUUCUCAAGGAUACAAAAUAUCUAUAAGGAAAAUUUGCAAAAAACCCUGGAUAUACAAAAGCAGACGGAGGAGAUUUUCGAGAGACUAAACCACACGGAACAGUGGCUCAAUGACCUCUCCAACAAUACUCCCAAGACUCCGAUUUCACAGAUUCUCAAUUCCAAUGAGCUGUUUCAUUUGAAAUCGAAAUUCCAGGCCCUUAAAGAAACCUGUGAGCGGGAGGCUGUCAAUUUCAGGGAACUCAAUGAGCUCGGAGGUGAUUGUCUGGUACAAAUCGAUGAACUCAAGUCACGUGGUUUGGAUAAUGUUGACGAGAAAUAUAAUUUGCUGGCAAAGAAAUUUACACGACUCAAUGCCCGCUGGACGGAGGUCACGACAUUGGUCUAUCAAAAAUGUGGUCUGCUUGAGCAUAUCUCCACUCAGCUGGGUGAGUUUAAGAAGUUUAUGGUAUCGGAAACGGGUUAUUUAGAUCGUUUGGAAAAUAAAAUGCGCUCCUCGCCGGAGAAUGCGGAUGCCGAGGAGAUCAUUGAGGAAUUGGAUGACCUUGAAAACGUCUUGCGCGGUCACUCCGACGAUUGGCUGGAGAAGAUACAAGAAAUCGGCCAGGAGCUUAUUUCCCAUGAAUUUAUGGCGGAGUCGAUCGGCGAAGAAAUCAAUGCCAUUGUCGAGCGAUGGACUCAACUGCAGCAGAAGGCCAAACAGCGUGCUGAAAUUCUUGAACAAGAAGUCAAUGAGGCCAAGCAAUCAGAAAAAUGUGUUGAACAGUUUGAGGCUUGGCUAACAAGGGUGGAUGAGAUCCUCAGCGAACAUUUGGAGAAUGAUGUGACCAUUGAAGAUUUACCCGAAGAUUUUCAGCAAUUGGCCAUGGAAUUUGAGGAGAAUGAGAGGUGUUUCCAGGAGAUUGAUGACCUGAUUGCGGAACAUCAACGUAAUGGUAAAAUCGAAGCGGCCAACAGGCUUCAGGAUCAAUUAAAUCUCUUGGAAAUGCGUUACAAAUCCUGUCAAUUGAAAUUGAAUAAAUGCACCGCACCCCAACCGGCCUUUGAGUCAAGGCUAAAUCGCGCCGUGGCUGAGCUCAGAAAUGUUGAAAGAUCCACAUUGGUGUUAGAUGUGGCCACUGCUGGACCCUCCACCGUCCAAGUGCAAUAUCAAAAAUGUUUACAAAUUUAUCGUACCCUCUCCGAAAUUAAAUCGGAAAUUGAAAGUACCAUUAAGACGGGACGCAAGGUGUGCGAAGAUAAAUUUACCAAGUCACCCAAACAGCUAAGUCAGCGUAUUGAUGCUCUCAAACAUCUAUAUAAUGCUUUGGGAGAAAAUGUUACCCAGUCCAAGAUUUUCUUGGAGGGCCUCAUAAAGCUGGCCAAACAAUUGGAGGAGUGUUUCCAGGCUGCCGAAGAGUUGAAUCGUAAAUUCGAGAGUCCUCAGGAGAUGCAUGAUCGCAACUCCGUCUUUUUGGAAUAUGAAAGCAUUCUGCAGAAAUGUGAAGAUAUCUAUGAGGAAUAUAGUAAAUCAUGUGAUCCUGUGUGCUUGGAAGAUACCCGCCAGAAGAUAGAUGACCUCAAGGCUUCGUACAUGAAAUUGACCAGUGCCGAUGUCAUAAAACGUUUGACCGAAAUGAAAUCGACUCUGCAGAAUUUGGAUAAUAUUUCAUUGGAUACAUUAAGGGCCAUGGAACAUGAUUUAAAACAGAUUAAUGUGCCAUCCAAUCCGGAAAUUGAAAAAUUGCAACAGCAAGUAAUUGCAAUUGUAGUGGAUGUAUUGAAAACACGUUACAAAAUUGAAUCUACAUUGGAGCAACAACAACAACAACAGCAAGGAGGAAAUAAUUCUGGAAAUCGUGAAGAAGAAGAUACCGAAAUUGUCAUAGUCAGUGACACGGUGAGACAACGUAGAGCUCGCACACCCUCCUCCAAUUCACCCACCAAGGAGGUCAGUGAUACCUCCUCAUCAUCACAAAAUUCCUCGGGACAACAAUUAGCACAGGUGGGUCCAAUAAAAGAUCAGCAGCAAUCUCAUCAACUGCCACAACAACAACAAUCGCAUACACAAACUACUAGUGGCCAAGUCUUGCCAGAUUUAUUACCACCACAAACGUUCCGUUUAGCUGAAUCAAGUGCUCUCUUCUCACAGAUUUCCUUGAAUACAACCACAUCGGGUACGCCCUCUAGUGAUGACAUUCCACCACCUAAACCACCCAACAAACGUAAGAGUGGUGAAUCUCAAGCUCAAAUGGUAGAGAUUAAGGUGAAAAAUAUUGGCAACGACAAAAUGUCGGUACAGCUAUCCGGUUUGGAACCUCAGCAAGGUGAGAUUGUCGACACGGUGAAUAUUUUGGAAUCUGUGGAACCUUUCGUACCCGAGUAUGUGGAAACAGUGCAAAUUGUUGAUCUCUCCGAAGAUUCUGAUUCCUCAAUGCGUGUUGAUGCCGAUGGCAAAGAAGUUAAACGCUCCAAAUCAAAGAGAUCGCUGAAUGAUUCUCCCAGGCCCGUACCCGAAGAAGAAGAACUAAAUAAAAAUGAAGAUGUAGAAUUACGGUUGGGGCCAAGUCACACCAGUACACCAAUUUUGCGUGUGGAAAAACAACGUAUUUCCUUCGAGGAAAAACGCAAACGCAUUGAAACUGAACGUGAUAUUUUGCGUGAUUCCGAAGAGGAAGGUGAUGCCAAAACAAGUGGUAUUUUCAAACAACCCAAAGCGAAGAGAUGGCGUCAACUACAAAUUGCCAUGGAAGAGCUGGACAAUAGCAUGGCUGAACAGGAGGCCCGCAACAGUUUCUAUAAUCCCGACAAGGAUUUAAGUUUUGAAGUUGAGCCUUUGGUCUUUUCCGAUGACGAAGAUAUACCGAGAUUUUCAAUGGAAAUGACUCAACCUCUUGAUUCGGAUAGUGAUACGAGUCGCAUCGAAACCCCCACCACGAAGAAACCCAAUUCCUUCUCCAACAAAAUCUUGCCACAAUCACCAUCCAUGGAUGAUUCAAAUAUAACCCUAAAAAGUCCCUAUUCCGAAGUGCCAAGUUCACAAUUUGCCAGUGGUGGCGGUUCUCUGGAACAGAGAGUUACAGAAUUCGAAAAGAAUGCCAAAUAUAUGAUGAUGCGUUUGGAUAAGACGAAGGAGAAAAUUGAAAAGAACACUGAGAGUGAAAGAGCCGUUGAAGAUCUCAAAAUGCUGAUAGCACCCGAUGCUGCCACCCUCAUCUCACAGGGCGAUUCAUUGGUUUUGGAAACGCAUGGCAAACAGGGUUCUCUGUCGCGUGUCGUUAUGAAGAGUCAAAUUAUUUUGCGCGAGAAAUUCCGUGAAGUCCAACAAUCAAAAUCAAAAGUCUGUCCUGCCUCAACUGCUGCCUCAUCAUCCGAUUCACCUUAUUCAUCGUUGGACAAGAAGGUCGUCAGCAUGAAAGGUGUCAAUUUGGAAGAAUUAAUUGUUAAAGGCCUUAAACGUAUCAAUGAUUUAAUUGCCCGCCCAGUGGAUCGUAAAUCUGUCGACGAGUUGGAGAAACGUCUGUCGGAAAUUAAUGAUCGUCGUGACGAUUUGAAAUUGAUUGUCAAUGCCAUUGGUAAAAGUGAACAAAUGCCAAAAGUUAGUUCAGCCAUGAUGAAUGAUAUUGAAAAGACCAAGAACAAUCUCCAAACACAUGCCGAUACCAUAGAAAUGUCAUUAACAGAAUUGAAAUCAAAUAAAAAGCUGAAUAACACCAAUGGCAGUCGGGAAUAUAACGACGAACCCAGCGGCACUGGAGCAUUGGCUGGUAGCUUUGACAAGUCCGUUUUGCAAAUAUCCGAUUGGUUGACGUGGGAACAAAACAUGAUUAAAAUCCAAAGUGUGCCAGUCGAUGAUGUCGAUGCCGUUCGCAUGGCCAUAGAAAAGCAGGAGAAAGUUUUGCAUGAACUGAAAAUGAAAAAACCGCAACUUAAUGAGCUGGUCCACACGGCGGAGAUAUUAAAAGGCGAUACCAAACGUCAACAAUUACAGGAGAAGGAAUUGAAACAAUUUUCGUUAGCACCGCAUUGUUCCGCCGAAUUGGAUUAUAUGCGUUGUUGUCUGAAAGUCACCCGUUUACGUGAACACUGGGAUGAAACCUCACAAUGUGUUCUGCAAAGAGCUGCCCAGUUAAAGAGCAUGUUGAGCGAUUCACAAAGAUAUGAGGCCAAACGUUUGGAACUUGAAAAAUGGCUGCAGCGCAUGGAAGCUCGUGCCGAACGUAUGGGCACCGUGGCCACCACUGCUGAUAUCUUGGAGGCCCAGCAAAAAGAACAGAAGUCCUUCCACGCCGAGCUGCAUCAAAACAAACCGCAAUUUGAAAUAUUCAAUACAUUGACUCAAAAGCUAAUUGCCGUCUAUCCGGCAGAUGAUACCACACGCAUCAAGAAAAUGACUGAAGCCAUUAAUCAAAGAUAUGCCAAUCUCAAUAAUGGUGUCAUUAAUCGUGGCAAGCAAUUGCAUGCCGCCGUACACAGUCUCCAAUCCUUCGAUCGUGCCAUGGAUCAAUUUUUGGCAUUCCUAUCGGAAUCUGAAUCGUUGUGCGAGAGUGCUGAAGCUGAAAUCGAACGGAAUCCAUUGAUGUUUAAGGAUUUACAAUCGGAAAUUGAAACACAUCGUGUGGUUUAUGAUCGUCUCGAUGGUACUGGACGUAAAUUGUUGGGUUCACUUACCUCACAAGAAGAUGCGGUUAUGCUCCAACGGCGUCUGGAUGAAAUGAAUCAACGUUGGAAUAAUUUGAAAUCGAAAAGUAUUGCCAUAAGAAACCGCCUCGAAAACAAUUCAGAACACUGGAAUGCUUUGCUGUUGACCCUACGCGAACUUACCGAAUGGGUCAUACGCAAGGACACUGAAUUGUCCACCUUGGGCAUGGGUCCUGUACGUGGUGAUGCUGCCAGCCUACAAAAACAAUUGGUAAGUAAUAAACAUUUGAUAUAUUAG